UGUCAGAAACUACCAGGGUACUAUUAGCCUCAAGUCGGACAGGUCUUUUUACGUAACUAGUGCGAGCAAGGUACUGCGAGGUUAUACUUCUAUCCAAGAUGGAUUUAACAUGUGGGCGGUCACCUCUCCUGGGAUUCUUUGUCCUUCUGGCAGCCCUUGCUUUUACUGACGCGCAGACUACUACGUCAGCAGGCCUGUGCCCGCCAUUGGGAGUACAGAAUCGUUCGAUCAUCCCAGACGGCGUAAUGACGGCUACCUCAGCAGCAGCCGGGUCCGAGGCGUACAGGGCCCGCUUGAACGGCGACGGUGCAUGGCAGCCCACAGGCCAAGCGGCAUCAAAUUUCCUGGCUAUAGACCUACAGUAUCCACGUUAUAUAUGCAGUAUCCAGACCCAGGGGCGAGGGGAUGGAUACGUGGAGACCUACAGGGUCAUAUUCCAACAAGACAACAAUUCGUCAUACGUUAUGUACUCGGAGGACGGUGCAAACCCCAAGACCUUCACAGGCAACAAUGACAACGAGACUGUCGUCCAACAGGACUUCUCCUCGUACGUCUACGCCCAGUUUAUCCUCAUCAACCCACAAACUUUCUCCGGCGCCCCAAGACUGCGGAUUGAACUACUCGGAGUUGAUGUAUUACCUACAACAGCCUCACCGGUAACAACGUCACUCGACACAACAGCCUCACCGGUAACAACGCCACUCGACACAACAGCCUCACCGGUAACAACGCCACUCGACACAACAGCCUCACCGGUAACAACGCCACUCGACACAACAGCCUCACCGGUAACAACGCCACUCGACACAACAGCCUCACCGGUAACAACGUCACUCGACACAACAGCUUCACCAGUAACAACGCCACUCGACACAACAGCCUCACCGGUAACAACGCCACUCGACUCAACAGCCUCUAUGGUAACAACACCACUCGACACAACAGCCUCACCAGUAACAACGUCACUCGACACAACAGCCUCACCGGUAACAACGCCAUUCGACACAACAGCCUCACCGGUAACAACGCCACUCGACACAACGCCACUCGUCACAACAGCACUGAUAACCUCCGUACAAGAUCUUACAACACCCGAAGUGACUUCUGCAUUUCCAACCAUCGCACAAUCCGCAACGACGGAGGGACAAUCAACCUCGACCAACGUCUACAGCACAGAAAUGGUGUUCCAAACAACUGACGCAGAGAUCGAAACGUCAUCAGCCGUGUACGAAACAACUGAGCUACAGGAUACUACAAUCACCCCAGAAGAGGUAACGACCACUUCCCCGGAAACAGCAGAAGAUCCAGUCCAGGGUGACGUGUACUGUAACUCCACCACCAUGUGGGUCACCUUUCUCCUUGACGAGCUGGACGGAUAUGACGUUUCCGGUAUGCGACUGCGUGACCCAUCAUGCACUGCGGAAGUCAAUGGAACCCACGUGACUUUCGUCUCUGCUCUUGGCGACUGUGGAACAACAUCACUGGAAAACGACACGUCCAACAAGAUCGUCUACACCAAUGAGAUCGUUGCGCCGCUGGAACAAAGUACGACGGACGGUGCUGCCAAUGACGUCAUCGCGAGGCCUGAGGAGGAUCGCUGGACGAUCAGCUGCAGAUAUGUCCGAGAUGACACCAUAGCAGCCGACACCCUGUUUCCUGUACCGGCACCCAGCGUGGUUAUCCUGUAUGGAGACGGCUCCUUCACCUUCAGUAUGAAACUGUAUCCGUCCGCUGGGUUCACACAGCCGUACACAAGCACAGACUUUCCCGUGGAGGUAACGAUAAAUGAAGAUGUGUACUUCGGCGUGUCAGUGGACACCUCCGUCUCCGGCCUGGUCCUGUUUGUUGAGAACUGCAAAGCGACGCCGUCAUCCAACCCUGACGACUCGACACAGUACUACUUCAUACAGGACGGAUGCCAGAAAGACGACACCCUUCAAGUGUUUUCAACGGACUCACCGACUUCUCUGAAUUAUGGAAUUUCCGCCUUCCAGUUCGCCAACGAAUCACAGCCGUAUGUGUACCUCCACUGUGACGUCAUGGUGUGUUUGGAGGACAACCCUGGUUCGCGAUGUGACCAAGGCUGCAGCAGCUCGCGCAGGCGCAGACGUGCCGCAGACAACGGUCUGGAAGAGCGCGUUACCUUGGUGCAGGGUCCUAUCGUGCUGGUUGUUCAAGAGACUUUUACCGCAUGUGAUGCCACCUGCCACGAGCAUGCAUCGUGUAGCCCUCUGACCCAAGAAUGUGUGUGCGACCCGGGGUGGGUCGGAGAUGGCGUCUACUGUCAGGAUUUUGACGAGUGCACCAUAGUGUCAUGUGGGGACAACCGGCGCUGUGUGAACACACCAGGACGUCAUGUGUGUGAGUGUGUGCCCGGCUUCCUGGAGGUGGAUGGGGUCUGUGAGGCUGCCGUGGCGUACAGUUCCACCUCCCGUAUAAUGGCCAAGAGUUUCUCCUCGGCGCUGGAAGAUCCGGAGAGCGAAGAGUUCGUGGAUCUGGUAGAGGAGUUCGUUUGGACGUUGGAACCUCUGUACCGUCAAACGAGCCUGGCCGGAGACUUUCUCGGGAUCGCCGUCGUCGGCUUCCGACAGGGUAGUGUUCUCGUGGAUCACGUGAUUUACAUCCGGGGUUCUGCAGACGUCUCUCUUCCCACAGUGUUAGAGGAGUUCAAGGUCCUUGUGAAGAAAGCCAACGGAACAGCUCUUCAAAUCGACGUGAAUGACGUUUCAAUAAUAGACUAUGACGAGUGCUCGGACCCGGACAGCGCGGACUGCUCCGCCCAUGCCACCUGUCUCAACAUGGAGGGCUCCUUCUCAUGCAGGUGCACCAUGGGAUACCAGGACAAGUCCCCGGAUCAAGACACACGUCCGGGGAGGGUCUGCGAAUGGCAAGGUGUCUCGGAUGACUGGAUUCCGGCAGCUGCAGGUACCGCAGCUGCAGCGGCUCUGGUCCUGGUCAUCAUAACCACCGUCGUGUGCCUUCGUCGAAACAAGCGUAAUAAACGCUCGAAAGAUGUGGAAUUUACGGGGCAAGACAACUUUGCUUUCCUACAACCACCAAGUGGACCACCAAAAACCAGCACGUACAGGGAUUGCGACACCUACUUCUAGAUAGACCCUGAAGUUUGCUAGCUUUUGGAGAUUCGUCAAUAAGAAUGAUGACAAAUGAAUGCAGAUAAACAAUAGCUACGUUAGGAUAUUUUAUAUCAAAACGGAAAUAGAAACAAAAUUUAAUGCAGACAAGAUGACGACGCACUCAACAAUGUAUAUGGGGGUUAACUACCGAUUAUGCUAUAAUUUCUACGAUCUACACCUUAUGUAAUGGAUUCACCUAUUUGAACGAGAUUUAGUUGAUUUUUUUGAGCGUUGAUCACUGCUAGUAUAUCACUAUAUCGCAAAGAAGCGACAUUCUUUUUCACAGACAUGUGUACAGAAUGGACGAGUUUUACGAGUAUGACACCUUGUUCAAGCAAGAUGAAUAUAUAUAUUUUAUACACGUGAGUGUAAUACGGAUAAAAAGCAAAAUACCAGGCACUGUUAUCAUAUUAGAGUGCAGAUAUUUUAAUACAAUGUGGUAAAUGAUAGAUUUUCGUAAGCGUGUAAUAUUUCCGUGUCCCACACUCUAAGAAAGACAAAUCAGAAUAGAUCGCUUGAAACUAUGGCAUUAUGUUACAUGUACUUUCAAAUGAAUCACACUGCUAUGUUAUAUAUCACUGCACCACACUCAUGUCAUUCUUUAAAAGGCAUUUCAUCACAUCAAACUAUCACAUCACAUCGCAUGUUUGAUAUAAUAUGUAACGUUAACUCAUAGGUGUAUACCUCUGGAAAUAUUGAUGUUGGAUCAAUAGAUCUCUGUAACUUCUUUUCAAGUAACCGGGGAAUAAAUGGACGUUACGUAUACUAGUACUUUCAACUCCGUUGAGUAGCUUUGUUGGUUGAUAAAGUGUAAACCACAAGUUA